AUGUCUCCAGUACUACAACGACCAACGCGGCACAUAAGGAACGUAUUUCAACAGAACAGCGAAAGCUACAUUCAGCUUAAUCAAUAUCGAUUGAUGGAGGAAAUUGGACAGGGCUCCUACGGCAUCGUUAAGUUGGCCUAUAAUGAACAAGAUAAGAACCUCUAUGCUCUGAAAGUACUUGACAAAAUCAAAUUGCUCAAAAACUUUGCAUGCUUUCGACAACCGCCGGCACGAAAAUCAAAGCAGUCAUCGUCGACACUCAAUAAUCCGCUUCAACUUGUACAAAAAGAAAUAGCUAUUUUAAAGAAGCUCAGUCAUCCAAACGUCGUCAAACUAGUUGAGGUUUUAGAUGAUCCAAACGAUACUUACCUCUAUAUGGUGUUUGAGUUCGUUGAACGAGGCAGUAUUUUGGAUGUGCCCACCGACAAGCCAUUGGAUGAGGACAUCGCUUGGAAAUAUUUUAGGGAUACAUUGCGGGGACUCGAAUACUUACAUUAUCAAAAAAUUAUCCAUCGCGAUAUCAAGCCGUCGAAUUUGUUGCUAUCCGAUUCCGGUCAUGUAAAGAUAGCCGAUUUCGGAGUGUCGUGUGAGUUCGAAGGUAUCGACGCGUUCCUCUCCGGCACUGCUGGAACCCCGGCUUUCAUGGCACCUGAAGCACUUAUGGAAGGAUCGAAUCAUUUCUAUUCAGGACGAGCUCAAGAUAUGUGGUCAUUAGGAAUCACUUUGUACGCCUUUGUAAUAGGAAAAGUGCCUUUCUGGGAUAAUUAUGUGAUAGCUCUGCAUCGAAAGAUCAAGAAUGACCCAGUGGUCUUCCCCGUGGAGCCACAUCUUAGUGAUCCACUGAAGGAUGUCAUUCUAGGGCUGUUAAUGAAAGAUCCUGGUCAUCGGUUAUUGUUACAGGAAGUGAAGGUCCAUGCUUGGGUGACGCGUAGAGGAACAUGUUCAAUGCCAUCUGAGGAGGAGAACUGCCACUUGGUUACCGUAACGGAGGAAGAGAUCGAGAAUUGUGUACGAGUUAUCCCGCGACUCGAUACACUGAUUUUGGUUAAAGCGAUGGGUCAUCGGAAACGAUUCGGGAAUCCCUUUAAGUAA